AUGGGUAUUUCAAACCCAAAAAAGCGCAAAAGAGAGGAGAGGAGUCGUGGAAGCGCCAAAAAGAUCAAAGAUGAGCGCGUGACCUGCCAACCUGCAGCGGAGGAGUCAGUUCCUAUACAAGACCAAUGGAACACCCUCAGGAACAUCGAUGGAGAACUGGACAUCUUUGAGGACUACGGGGAAGAGAGCUACCUGUUCUAUAAAGCCCUAGAAGAGAAAUUCCAAACAUCGGGGAUUCUCACGAAGCAGACCACCAUUGCGGAAAGUGAUUGGCGGGAAAUCAUCACCAUUUUAAUCAAAGUGCACAGACACUUUUCACUGGACUUCUCCACCUUGUGCCUUGCUGUAAAAUACAUGGCAAGGUACAUCUCCGGGAGGCAACUGAAACCUGGCAUCCUGAAACCAGUGGGGGCCACUAGUUUAUAUCUGGCCAUAAAGAUCAUGGAAGACAAUCCUCCUAAUGCAGAAGAGUUUCUGGAGGUCUUUGGUGAAACUCUUUACUCACCAAGAGUCUUGGCAUUUGUGGAGGAUAUGAUGCUGUACCGACUGGAGUGUCGCCUGUACCAACCGACCAUAGACUUUUUUCUGGAGCACUUCACCUUAAUGAGUGUAUCCGCGGAGAUGUUUUUUUAUGACAACAUCACUAGAGUAGCCAAUGCUCUUACAGCUGCCAGGGGCAUUGCAGCACUGACCAUGAUGAAGUAUGAAUUUCAUACUUAUUUACCAUCUUUAAUGGCUCAGUGCUGCCUUAAAGCUGCUGAACACAUCCUUGGAUACAACUUAUUAGUGGAGUUGCCAAGCGACCAUCCAAGUCAGAUCGUGCAGAAAUGCCUCAGGAAAACUGUACUCCUGGCAUCAGCCAACAAAGAAUUUUUACAGCAACUUAUGCCAGGAGUCUUUCCUGAGGUGUUUCCCAAGUUUACUUCUCCCUCCACCAUCCAGAGAGGAAGAACAGGAGCCAAGGAGCCAGCCAAGCAGCCACGUGAAACAUCUGCAAAAAAGCCACGUGAAGAGUCAGGAGCCAAGGAGCCAGUCAGGAAGCCCAGUAAAACAUCAGCUAAAAGGCCAAAUAAAGAGACAGGAGCAAAAGAGCCAGCCAGUCAGUCCAACAAAUUGGCAAAAAGACCAAAAAUAGAGGCUUCUACUGCAAAGCCGGGUCUGUAG